AGGGGUAUGAGAGACUGUAGGUCACAGGCUCCCAGCUCACUAGCUGUGUUCCUUUCCCUGCCUCCUCUAGGAGAAGCAGUUCCUGAGGGGUAGGAGUCAAGGCUUUGUUCAGGACCAGGGAGGCUGGAGGGUCAGCAUGCUCCGCGCAAGGCCGAAGGCACUGGUGCUCCUGGGAGCUCUGCUGACUGUACUCCUGGAUCCAGCGGGCGGCCAGGACUCACCCUCACUGACCUGGGAAGUGCAGCGCUAUGACGGCUGGUUCAACAACUUGAGGCACCACGAGCGUGGCGCUGCCGGCUCCCGACUGCGGCGCCUCGCACCAGCCAAUUACGCGGACGGCGUGUAUCAGGCUCUGGGGGAGCCGCUGCUGCCCAACCCGCGCCAGCUCAGCAACGCAGCCAUGCGGGGCAAAGCCGGGCGGCCAUCCAACCGCAACCGCACCGUGCUGGGGCUCUUCUUCGGCUACCACGUGCUCUCGGACCUGGUGAGCGUGGAAAAUCCUGGCUGCCCAGCCGAGUUCCUCAACAUCCACAUCCCGCCCGGGGACCCCGUGUUCGACCGAGACCGGAGCGGGGACGUGGUGCUGCCCUUCCAGAGGAGCCGCUGGGACCCCGAGACCGGACAGAGCCCCAGCAACCCCCGGGACCCGACCAACGAGGCGACGGGCUGGCUGGACGGCAGCGCCAUCUACGGCUCCUCGCACUCCUGGAGCGACGAGCUGCGGAGCUUCUCCGGCGGGCAGCUGGCGUCGGGGCCCGACCCCUUCUUCCCGCGGGACGCGCAGGAGCCGCUGCUCAUGUGGACGGCGCCCGACCCCGCCACGGGACGGCGCGGGCCCCGGGGGCUGUACGCCUUCGGGGCGGAGCGAGGGAACCGCGAGCCCUUCGUGCAGGCGCUGGGCCUGCUGUGGUUCCGCUACCACAACCUGUGGGCGCAGAGGCUGGCCCGCCAGCACCCGCUCUGGGCGGACGAGCAGCUGUUCCAGCACGCGCGCAAGAGGGUCAUCGCCACCUACCAGAACAUCGCGAUGUACGAGUGGCUGCCCAGCUUCUUGCAGCAAACACCCCCAAAUUACACAGAGUACCGCCCUUUCCUGGACCCCAGCAUCUCUCCGGAGUUCUUAGCAGCCUCUGAGCAGUUCUUCUCCACCAUGGUGCCCCCUGGCGUCUACAUGAGAAACGCCAGCUGUCAUUUCCAGACGAUCCUGAAUGAGGGUUUUGGCAGCUCCCCAGCUCUCAGAGUCUGCAACAGCUACUGGAUGCGGGAGAACCCCAAUCUGAACAGUGCCCAGGCAGUGAAUCAGCUGUUGCUGGGAAUGGCCUCCCAGAUUUCGGAGCUGGAGGACAGGAUAGUGGUUGAAGAUCUGAGGGAUUACUGGCCUGGCCCUGGCAAGUUCUCCCGCACUGACUACGUGGCCAGCAGCGUCCAACGUGGCCGAGAUAUGGGGCUGCCCAGCUACAGCCAAGCCCUACAGGCCUUGGGGCUGAAGACCCCAAAAAACUGGAGUGACCUCAACCCCAACAUGGACCCUCAGGUGCUGGAGGCCACAGCUGCCCUGUACAACCAGGACCUGUCCCGGCUGGAGCUACUCCCCGGGGGGCUCCUGGAGAGUCACGGGGACCCUGGACUCCUCUUCAGCACCAUCGUCCUUGAUCAGUUUGUGCGACUGCGGGAUGGCGACCGCUACUGGUUUGAGAACAGCAGGAACGGGCUAUUCUCCAUGGAGGAAAUUGCAGAAAUCAGAAAUACCACUCUUCGGGAUGUGCUGGUGGCUGUCACCAACGUGAACCCUGCUGCCCUGCAGCCCAAUGUCUUUAUUUGGCAGCAAGGUGCACCCUGCCCUCAGCCCCAGCAGCUCACAACCAAAGACUUGCCCCCCUGUGUGCCCCUGACCGUGAUUCAUUACUUUGAGGGCAGUGGUGCCAGUUUUGGCAUCACCAUCGUGGCUCUGUGCUGUCUUCCGCUAGUGAGCCUGCUUAUCUCUGGGGUGGUGGCCUAUUUCCGGGGCCAAGAGCGCAAGAAGCUACAAAAGAAAGGCAGAGAGAGUGUGAAGAAGGAAGCAGCCGAAGAUGGAGUGUCAGCGAUGGAGUGGCCAGGCCCCAGGGAGAGGAGCUAUCCCGUCACCAUCCAGCUGUUCCCAGACAGGCGUCUGCAGGUCCUGGACAGGCGUCUCUCUGUGCUCCGCACCAUCCAGCUGUGGCCCCUGCUGCAGCGGGUCCACCUCAUCCUGUCCAGCAACCGCAGACGCCGCGCCCUGCUGCUCAAGAUCCCCAAGGAGUAUGACCUGGUGCUGCUGUUUAACUCCGAGGAGGAGCGAGGCACCUUCGUGCAGCAUUUGCAGGGCUUCUGUGUGAGCUGGGCUCUGGGCCUUGAUGUGGCUGAGAUGAGUGAGAACGAGCUGCUCAGGAAGGCUGUGACCAAGCAGCAGCGGGGCCGCAUCCUGGAGGUCUUCUUCAGACACCUUUUUGCCCAGGUGCUGGACAUCGACCAGGCAGAGGCAGGGACCCUGCCCCUGGACUCGUCACAGAAGGUGCGGGAGGCCCUGACAUGUGAGCUGAGCCGGGCCGAGUUUGCUGAGGCCCUGGGCCUCAAGCCCCAGGACAUGUUUGUGGAGUCCAUGUUUUCUCUGGCCGACAAGGACGGCAACGGCUACCUGUCCUUCCGGGAGUUCCUGGACGUCCUGGUGGUCUUCAUGAAAGGCUCCCCAGAGGACAAGUCCCACCUGAUGUUCACCAUGUAUGACCUUGAUGGGAAUGGCUUCCUCUCCAAGGACGAGUUCUUCACCAUGAUGCGGUCCUUCAUUGAGAUUGCCAACAACUGCCUGUCCAAGGCCCAGCUGGCCGAGGUGGUGGAGUCCAUGUUCCGGGAGUCAGGCUUCCAGGACAAGCAGGAACUGACAUGGGAGGACUUCCAUUUCAUGCUACGGGACCAUGACAACGAGCUCCGCCGCACGCAGCUCUGUGUCAGAGGUGGAGGUGGAGGUGUUGGAGACAUUUUUAAACCAAACAUCAGCUCUCGAGUGUCAUUCAUCACUCGGACUUCUGGGGAAUGUUCUCACCCUCAGGGAGUGGGGCUCCCUGCCUCUGAAGCCCCAGAGUUGGGAGGCCCUGGGCUGAAGAAGAGGUUUGGCAAAAAGGCAGUGGUGCCCCCUCCCCGGCUGUACACGGAGGCGCUGAAGGAGAAGAUACAGCGGGGCUUCCUGGCCCAGAAGCUGCAGCAGUACAAGCGCUUCGUGGAGAACUACCGGCGGCACAUUGUGUGCGUGGCUAUCUUCUCAGCCAUCUGUGCCGGACUGUUUGCGGAGCGUGCUUACUACUAUGCCUUUGCCUCACCAUCCUCGGGCAUCGCAGAGACCACCCGCGUGGGCAUCAUCCUGUCGCGGGGCACGGCGGCCAGCGUCUCCUUCAUGUUCUCCUACAUCCUGCUCACCAUGUGCCGCAACCUCAUCACCUUCCUGCGAGAGACCUUCCUCAACCGCUACGUGCCCUUCGACGCCGCCGUGGACUUCCAUCGCUGGAUCGCCAUGGCUGCCGUUGUCCUGGCCAUUUUGCACAGUGCUGGCCACGUGGUGAAUGUCUACAUCUUCGCAGUCAGCCCCCUCAGCCUGCUGGCCUGCAUCUUCCCGAGCGUCUUUGUGAAUGAUGGGUCCAAGCUUCCCCAGAAGUUCUACUGGUGGUUCUUCCAGACAGUCCCAGGUAUGACAGGGGUGCUCCUGCUCCUGGUCCUCGCCAUUAUGUAUGUCUUCGCCUCCCACCACUUCCGGCGCCGCAGCUUCCGGGGUUUCUGGUUGACCCACCAUCUCUACAUCCUGCUCUACGUGCUGCUCAUCAUCCACGGAAGCUUCGCUCUGAUCCAGCUGCCCCGUUUCCACAUCUAUUUCCUGGUCCCAGCACUUAUCUAUGCGGGGGACAAGCUGGUGAGCCUGAGCCGGAAGAAGGUGGAGAUCAGCGUGGUGAAGGCGGAGUUGCUGCCUUCAGGAGUGACCCACCUGGAGUUCCAGCGGCCCCAAGGCUUUGAGUACAAGUCGGGGCAGUGGGUGCGGAUCGCCUGCCUGGCUCUGGGGACCAACGAGUACCACCCCUUCACACUGACUUCAGCGCCCCACGAGGACACGCUUAGCCUGCACAUCCGGGCAGCGGGGCCCUGGACCACCCGCCUCAGGGAGAUCUACUCACCCCCGACGGGCAACGGCUGUGCCAAAUAUCCAAAGCUGUACCUCGAUGGACCAUUUGGAGAGGGCCACCAGGAGUGGCAUAAGUUUGAGGUGUCGGUGCUGGUGGGAGGGGGUAUUGGGGUCACCCCCUUUGCCUCCAUCCUCAAAGACCUGGUCUUCAAGUCAUCCUUGGGCAGCCAAAUGCUCUGUAAAAAGAUCUACUUCAUCUGGGUGACACGGACCCAGCGGCAGUUUGAGUGGCUGGCUGACAUCAUCCGGGAGGUGGAGGAGAAUGACCACCAGGACCUGGUGUCCGUGCACAUCUACAUCACCCAGCUGGCUGAGAAGUUUGACCUCAGGACCACCAUGCUGUACAUCUGUGAGCGGCACUUCCAGAAGGUGCUGAACCGGAGUCUGUUCACGGGCUUGCGCUCCAUCACCCACUUUGGCCGACCCCCCUUCGAGCCCUUCUUCAAUUCCCUGCAGGAGGUUCACCCAAAGGUGCGGAAGAUUGGGGUGUUCAGUUGUGGCCCUCCAGGAAUGACCAAGAACGUAGAGAAGGCCUGUCAGCUCAUCAACAGGAAGGACCAGGCCCACUUUGUGCACCACUACGAGAACUUCUGAGCCCGCCCUCCCCGCUUCCUGAUUCCUCCAGGGACCAGCCCCGUCCGCAGCUUCCGUCAGAAUUCACCUCAGGCCUCAGCUGGAGAGCUGGAAGAGCCUCUCCCUCAUUGCCCCAUCUGUCCUAGGCUCUGAGAAGAUACAGGAGACUCUUCUAGCUCAAGCCACAGCAGGCCGUGGCAGACAAAGUGGGGAGGGGACAGUCCCUGCCUUGUGACAACUGUGGACGUGAAGAGAUACAACCACAUUUUCCUCUGAUAGGUCCCCAUGUCUGUUUUCCUUCCAGAAAAUCAAUGUAUUGCUUUGGUAUUUUCUUGGGCUAGGCAUUUGAGGGAAGACAGGGUGGGGAUAUCUGGUGUGAAGAGAGGGCUGAGAGUGAGAAUCUCCUCAGAGCCCAGCUUAGAAGCUGCGAUGCUAAACCUGGACAGCCCAACUGCAUCAGUUCAGUCUCUGAGGCCUUUUCCCUCCGGCUCUACUCCCAACCCCCACCCCUUCCUGCUCCUAGAGGAUCAGGAACCCUGAGGAGCAACCAGCAAUGCCUGCCUCCCUUACCUCUUGGCAGGCCCCUCUCUUAGGCUGCUGGAGCAGCCCUCAGCUCUGGUCCAAGGGAGUCCAGCCUCUCCGCCAGUCUUCCAGAGACCCCUCAGCUCCCCACCUCCACAGGAGCUGGGUGACCAACUGUCCCAAUUUGCCCAGGACUCUCCCAGUCUUGGCACCAGAAGUCUCUCGUCCUAGGAAACCCCUCAGUUCCAGGCAAAUCAUGACAGUUGGUCACCUUCCACAGGAGGCAAUCUGGGACAUCACCGCCAUACUCUUUAAGACCCUUUCUUUUCCUUCUUCAACUGGCUCUUUCCUCAAAAGCUAAACUUUAAUUUUUAAAAAAUUAAGUAUAAUUUGCAUACAGUAAAGUGUACACAAAUCUUUUUUUAAUAUGUGAUUUAACAAUGAGCUCCUUUAUUUUUUUUUAUUAUUUUUUUAAAAUUUAUUUUAUUGGCUGUGUUGGGUCUUUUUGCUGUGCGUGGGCUUUCUCUAGUUGCAGAGAGCGGGGCCUACUCUUCGUUGUGGUGCACGGGCUCCUCAUUGCCAUGGCUUCUCUUGUUGUGGAGCAUGGGCUCUAGAUGCGUGGGCUUCAGUAGUUGCAGCACAUGGGCUCAAUAGUUGUGGCUCACGGGCUCUAAAGCGCAGGCUCAGUAGUUGUGGCGCACGGGCUUAGUCGCUUCACAGCAUGCGGGAUCUUCCUGGAGCAGGGAUCAAACCUGUGUCCCCUGCACUGGCAGGCAGAUUCUCAACCACUGCGCCACCUAGGAAGCCCCAAGUGUACACAAAUCUUAAAGUUGCCAUGUACUACACAUGUUCCUACUACCCAAGUCAAGGUACAGAACAUUUCUAUUACCCCAGAAACUUCCCUUGUACCCCUUCUGGUCAGCCUUCCUCAACCCUUAGAAGAAAUGACUGAUGCGAUUUUUUUUUUAUUAUCACUCCAUAUUCAUUUGGUCAUACUGAAUGUACUCUUUUGAAACUGGUUUCUUUUACUGAGCACAGUGUCUCUGUGAUUCAUCCAUGUUGUUGUGUAUAUCAGUAGUUUGUUCCUUUUUAUUGCUGUCAUAUUCCAUUGUAGAGAUACACCGCAGUCUGUUUAUUGAGACUUCUGUUAAUAGACAUUUAGACUGUUUCUAGUUUUGGUAAUUGUGAAUAAAGCUGCUAUG